UUGGGGGACUGGGAGAGAACGGGAACCCCGGGAAAGAGCGGGGCCUGCUGAGACCCUGCGGGGAAACUGGGACUUACUGGGAGCCUGGGUGUGGAGCCAGGACAUCCCGGAGCCCCUGUGUGGAACCAGGACGUGUUGGGACCCCCAAAGUGGAACUGGGACGUGCUGGGAGCCACGGGCAGGACAAUCCCGGACCGCGGGCAUGGAGGAGGAGAGCCCGGUAGGUGCCACCCGCCCUGCCCCCGGCGCUGAACGGGGCACGGGCACCCCCACGGGCACCCCGGCCCGGCCCUCGCGCCAGGAGGAGGAGGAGGAAGCGGAGGAGGAAGAUGAGGAGGAUAAGGAGGACGUGGCCGGUGACAUCGAGGACAUCCCGCUGCUGGCAGGGGCGGCCCCGCGACAGCAGCGGCGACAGCAGCGCCCCGCCAGGGAGGAUGAGGACGGCUGGGAGGCCACCGCCACUGUCGCCGCUGCCAGCCCGGACGGUGAGCGCCGCCUCCCGUGCCACCACAGGUGCCACCGCCGCUCUGUCCCUGCCCUGACGGCGGCCGUGUCGCUGUCGCUGUCCCCAGCGCGCAGCCCGGAUCUCUUCGAGCGCCUGCAGCACGCCGUGAGCUCCCUGGAGCGCGCCGCCUUCUGCCGCCGUCGGCACCCCCCGGCGUGGCCGCCGCCCCCCCCGGCCUGGCACCGGGCUCUCCAGGGCCUGCAGGAGCUGAGCCGGACACCGGGCUGGGCGCGCCGCUGCUGGCCGGAGGCGGCGGCGGGACCGGGGCUACCGGCGGAGGUGGCGGGGGCGGCGGCAAGGAACGCGAGCCUGCGGGCAGCCCUGGGCCAGCGGGACGAGGAGCUGGGCCAGGCCACGGCCGCCCUGCGGGCGCUGCGGGGCGAGCGGGAGCGCCUGCAGGGCAAGGUGCGAGACCUGCGGGAGGCUCUGGCCAGGCUGGAGGAGCCGGGAGGGUCUGGCAGUGACACCCCUGGCGUCGGUGACACCCCCGGGACCAGUGACACCCCUGGCGUCGGUGACACCCCCGGGACAGGCGACGCCUCUGGGACUGGCGACGCCCCCAGAGUCGGUGACACUCCCGGGGUCGAUGACACCCCCGGGCCCAGCAGCCCCCCGGGGCACCGGCCCCACGCCCCGCUGUCCCCCCAGACCUCGGCGGGGCCUGGCCGGGAGCAGGAGGAGCGGCUGCAGCAGCUGCAGGGGAUGCUGGCGCGGCUGCAGGAGGCGAACCGGGAGCUGCUGGCGGCGCUGGGCGAGUGCAAGGGCGAGGCGGAGCGGCUGAGCAUGGAGCUGGGGCGGCGGGAGGCGCGCUGCAGCGGGCUGCGGCUGGCACUGAGCUGCAGCGAGCGCUGCGGGGGCGCCUACAUCGCCCUCCUGGACCUGUUGCGGGCAAAGCUGGCACCGGAAGGUGGCACCCAUGGGGGGGUUAUGAGGGAGGACGCUGGUGUGAUGGGGAGAACACUGGGAAGAUUCUGGGAAUUUGUCUGGGAGGAUACUGGGGGGAUACUGGGAAUACUGGGAGGAUACUGGGGAGCAAUCAGGGAGGAUGCCAAUGGGAUAUGUAAGGCCCACGUGUGGCAGUGGGGGAUGCACGAGGGAUACCGGGAGGUACUGGAAGGACUUCGGGGGGAUGCAGGGAGCUUGUGGGGCAUCCCAAUGCCCCCCACACCACCUUGCGGGCACCCCUGGGCAGCGGCACUGCCCGCAACGUGCCCAGGUACCGCGGCGGAACCGAGCCCGGGCCACGAACCGGGACUUGGCCCCGCCACACCGGAACAGAGCCUGGACUGCGCACCCGGACCUGGCCUCGCCACACCGGAGCCCUCGGGGCCAGCGGAGCCGGACAGCCGUGAGGACCUCGCGGACAGCCCCGGGGCUCACAGCCCCCGGGGGAUGGAGGAGGGAGCGCUGCGGGAACUCAUCCGGCGGCUCCGUGCCGAGCAGGCGGCGGUGGAGGGGUCCCUGCUGGACGCCGCCGAGCCCUCGGAGCCCCCCCGGGAGCGCGACCCCCGGGGCCGGGCGGCGCGGGCGCUGCGGGAAGCGCGGGCGCUGCUGCCCGGCUGGAGGCGGCCGGAGAAGGAGGAGCUGCUGCAGGAGCUGGCGGUGCUCAAGGAGGCGCUGGCGGAGCUGCGGACGCGGCUGCAGCUGGCUCAGAAGGAGAAGCGAGCCCUGGAGCUGCUGCUGGCCGCGCACGGGCCCCGCGAGGCCGCGCUGCGCCUCCUGCUGCGGGAACGGGAGCGGGAGCGGCACCGGGAGCGGCACCGGGAAUGGGGCCGGGAGCGGGACGGAGCCUCCGGCAGCAGCUCCGGCAGCAGCUCCGGCAGCAGCUCCGAGGAGGAGGCGCGGAUGGGGCGGGGGGCAGCGAUGGCCCCGGGAAACCCCCCGGACCCCGAGAGAACGAGGGAGGAACUGCUCCGGAUCCGGGCCAGGACGGAGCAGCUGCGUGGCCGUGCCCGGGAGCUGGCGCUGGCCCUGGAGCGGGGCAGCGCUGCCAGCCGUGCCCAACAGGGGCACAGCGCCACCGUCACCCUGGAGCUCCUCCAGGCGCACAGGUCGGCACGGGCCGGGGUCCCUUGGGUGUCCCUGGCUCGCUGGCCCUGGCGUACCGCGGGGCGCGGCGCAAGCAGGCGGAGCAGCUGCGGCGGCUGCAGGCGCGGGCGGCGGCGCUGCAGGGCCAGCACGGCCGCAGGGAGCGAGCCCUGGCCCGGACACUGCGGGAGCUGCAGCGAGGAGCGCUCCCGGUGCCGGCCGAGCCCCGGCCGUGCCCGAACCGCCGCGGGGGCCCGGGAGGGGCCCCGGCCGCCGCCUCCGGCGCCGAACCGCGCUCUCCAUUCCCGCUCCCCUCGCUCCCGCCGGCCCCGCCGGCCCCGCUGGUCCCGGUGGCCGUUCCCGACCCGCGGGGCGCGGGGGGCGGGGAGCGGCCCCGGUGCGACGGCGGCGGCAGCGGCGGGGCCGGGACCGGGGCAGGACCCGGGAGCGGAAGGGGAGGAGGCCGGGGAGGAGCAUCCAGGGCGGCCACCGCGGCAGCGGCUGAACUUUGCUCUUUCACGGGAGGCGGGGAGAGCCCCGGGGCUCGGCGGAGCCGCCGGUGCCGCGGAGCGCAGGAGCCACCGGGGGCGGGAGCGGCCCCGCAUGCGGCCGGUGCCCGCGGGGGGAUGCGCCGCGCCCCGGCCCCGCCGCCGCCGCAAACUUUCCGCGGGGCCGUGA